AUGCUUUUUCCUACUAUCCUUACCAAUGCUAUCCUGGCUAUAGGCGUCACCGCUAAGCCUCAAGAUGAUGAACUGCCCUUUAAUGUCAUUGGGUCCCGCAUAUGGAGUUCUUCAGGCUGUGGAAACAAUGAGACUAGAGGGAAUCUUGGCACAUUAACCACUCACCGCGACGAACUUGGCGACUGCUUCAAGUUCAGCGGCAACGUUAAAUCUAUUAUCCAAACUGGUCACGCCCAAGGCUGCAAGCUUUUGGUUUUCCAGGAUAACCAUUGCAUGCAUGGAGCUAAGAGUCCUACAGACUCUCAUUGCCUCAAAGCUCCGACCUAUUUUAGUAGCUACAAGACUGUCUGCGAGUAG